ACAUAAGUGCGGCGCGGGAGGGGCGGCGUGGGCAGUGAGGCCGCCGCGGGAGUGCGGGGUGUGUGUUUUCGUGCGCUCCCAAAAGCGCACGAACUUGAUUUGCAAUUGUUUUUCUUAAUUUGUUUGUGUGGGAGUUUUUUGUUGUUGCUGUUUGCUUGUUUUUUUUCUUUUCCCCCCUCUCUUUCUCCGAAACUUUUCUGCGGCGUCAGAGCGCAGGGAGAGAGGAGGCGCGAUGGAGAGGAAGGCGUUCCUGGCCGCUCUCUGCCUGUGGUGGGUGGUUGCUCCGGCCGCCGGCGGCGCAGAAGCUGAGAACAAUUUUGAGGGAAUUGAGAGCAAGUUUUCCUUACGGACACCUGCAGAGCCCGUUGAGGAUGUCUGCUACCUGGUUCCUGGGCAGGUGGACAGCCUGGCACGCUGCAACUUCAACCAUACCAGUAAAACCUUUGUGGUGAUCCAUGGGUGGACGGUGACUGGAAUGUAUGAAAGCUGGGUCCCGAAGCUGGUGGAUGCUCUGUACAAGAGGGAACCUGACUCAAAUGUCAUUGUGGUGGACUGGCUGGUUCGAGCUCAGCAGCACUACCCAGUGUCUGCUGCAUACACAAAGCUGGUGGGAAAGGAUGUUGCCAUGUUUAUUGACUGGAUGGAGGAGAAAUUCAAUUAUCCUCUCAACAAUGUCCACUUGCUGGGCUACAGUCUAGGUGCUCAUGCUGCUGGAAUUGCUGGGAGCCUGACCAAGAAGAAGGUGAACAGAAUUACUGGGCUGGAUCCAGCUGGUCCUACCUUUGAGUAUGCUGAUGCCCCUACUCGCCUCUCCCCGGAUGAUGCUGACUUUGUGGAUGUCCUACACACCUACACUCGAGGCUCUCCAGACCGCAGCAUUGGGAUCCAGAAGCCUGUUGGACACAUUGAUAUUUAUCCUAAUGGUGGAGGUUUCCAGCCAGGGUGCAACUUGGGAGAAGCACUCCGGCUGAUUGCUGAAAAAGGCUUUGCAGAUAUGGAUCAGCUGGUGAAGUGCUCCCAUGAACGAUCCAUCCACCUCUUCAUUGACUCCCUCCUCUAUGAAGAAAAGCCCAGCAUGGCCUACCGCUGCAACACUAAGGAGGCCUUUGAAAAGGGUCUCUGCCUGAGCUGCCGGAAGAACCGUUGCAACAACUUGGGCUACAAGGUCAACAGAGUGAGAACAAAGAGAAACACUAAAAUGUACUUGAAGACCCGUGCUCAGAUGCCCUACAAAGUCUUUCAUUACCAGGUCAAGAUCCAUUUCUUUGGAAAGACUAAUGUGACCAAGACAAGCCAGCCAUUCCUGAUCUCUCUCUAUGGAACUCUAGAUGAGAGUGAGAACAUAGCUUUCACACUGCCUGAAGUCUCCUCAAACAAGACAUUCUCCUUCCUGAUUUACACAGAAGUGGACAUUGGUGACCUGCUUAUGCUGAAGCUGCAGUGGGAGAAAGACACCUUCUUCAGUUGGUCAGACUGGUGGACUCCUUUUACGUUUGACAUCCAGAGAGUCAGAGUGAAGUCAGGAGAAACUCAGAAAAAGGGAGUGUUCUGCUCUCGGGAUGGCACCUCACAUCUCAGCAGGGGAGAAGAAGCAGCAAUAUUUGUGAAAUGCUUGGAGCAACCUGUCAACAGGAAGAGAGGAGGUGUCAAGAAAGCCUCUAAAGAAAAUUCUGCUCUGGAGUCUGCUUAAGUGACAAGAAUGAAGACUAUUUUUAUUUUUCACCACACUGGGGAGGAGCAGAGUCAGUUCAUCCCCAUGGACUGGAUGUUCAGAACCAAAUAUAUAGAAAUAUUUAUCCACUGCUGGCUUUUUGCCUGCUAUUUCUAGCUAUUUUAGGAGACUUCUUGUAAGGAAGUCUCAGCAUAAAAAGUUACUAACAAUAAAUAUACAUUAUCCAAAUAGUUAAAGAAACCUGCAGAAGAACUUGCCAAAGGCUUGAGUGCUGGGAAGGAAUAGGUAAUUUUGGUUAAUCAUGAUGCCUUGUGACAAGGUUUCUUGACAUCAUAUACUCCAUAGCAAUUUUCUAGUAUUUGUUGAAGCAAAGCCCUGUAUGUGGCUUUUCUUUCAGAAUUCUGAAACUAGACAAGUUUUACUGUCUUGGCUAACUAAAUUUUGAGGCAGUUCAGUGGCUUGGAGUUCAUUGUCUUCAAGUGUGUGUUUUAGAAAAUGAGUAAGUUUCUCAUGUGAAAAAGCACCUUUACUGUGUGUAUUACUAAAAGAUGUCAGGGACUGAUUUAAUGUGGGGAUGAAUUUCUCGUUUGUGGUUAUGAAUGUGUUUUGCUGGAGGUAGGUCCAGUGCUGCUUAGUGAUAGAUAUGAUCUGUUGAGCUAUAGACUUCUAUACAGCUUACCCUGGAAUGAAUAGCAGUUGUAGGAGAAGACAGCAGUAUGUGUCCUAUGCAGACAUUCAACUUCUCAUGUGUGCUUUCAUUGCUUGAAAAUGAAACCAUCUAGCCUCCAACACUUUGUAAAUAAGGAACUGCAAAGGGAUUGAACUAGCAAAAACUGCAGGAAACAGUUCAGGUUUUCCUUCUUUCCCCUGUACUCGCCACCACCCCCAACACUUACAUCCCUGUACCAAAACUGUGACAAAUUUCCUCUGCUCUUUGACACCAGACAUCAGUCAUGCGGCUGCGUGGCUACUGUAUACAGUCUUCAGUACAAGUGAGUCCACUUGACAGGUAGCAAGCACGCUUUUGCUUCCCUGCACUGGAAUUAUGACUGCUGGUGACCCACCUCAAUUUGUUGCUUGGCUGUGAUACUGUACUAGAUCCUAGGAGCGGCUUGGUUUUCUGACAUGAGGUAGAAUUCAGCAAGGAGCAGGAGCUCUGACACUUAAAAUGAGCCUGAUUGCGUGAUGCACAAGAAUGAAUGCUCUGGCAAACACUUUAGUUGGAUAUGCUGCAAGUUGCCAAAUAUAUAUAUGUUGAAAGAAUUCUGCUUCCUAAGUAACGUGAAAUUUUUCCUAGUGCUCUGAAGGCUUCUAUAGCCCUCAGUUAACUUCCUAAAAGAUAAAGUUCUGGGAAGGCAGAAGGCCUUGAAGGUAGGCACUUGGAAAAGUGUUAUGUGAGGUGUUGAUGCUGGCUUGUGUAGUCUUUUUCUGCAUGUGCAAGACAGUGUGGAGGUGGUGAUUUGUCCAAUAUCAUCCCAUCUUGAAAGCAGAACCAACAUGUAUGCAUUUGUGUGCACAGCUUGUUUUUUUCCAGCCAUGGCUGCUAAUAUAUUUGGGGAUAAAUGUCUUAAACAGUGCAAUAUGUUGGAAUAUUAAUAACUCUGAAAUAGCUCACAUUUGAUUUUCUAACCCUUAAACUGCAGCGGAGAUAGGAUGAGUCACUGAGGGUGGGAUUGAGUAUUGAGCCGUUACAUUUGAGACCUCUAAAAAUAAAUACAGUGAUUUAUUCCCUUUAGACUUCACAUUUUGUUGCAGUUUUCUCUUAGUUGGAAAUGUCUGAACAGGUAUGCUCCUAAUACAGAAUUGAAAACAUACACAUACAGAACCUGGAUACAAAAUAGUGAAGGCUCUUGUACAUGAGGAUGCAUGAUUGAGCUUUGGUUGUUAUUUAUUAGCUGUAAAUAAGAUAUUUAUGUGUGUAAAGAUAGUUUGUAUAUAUUGCUAAAGUUGCUGACAGUCUCUACAUUAAUACAGUCGUGUGGUGUUAAUCUGUAUGUAGCUUUCAGAUUUUUAUCAACAAAACACUUAACGUUGCAUUAUUUCCUGUGUGGUUAUACUUUUUCUUUAAAAAAAAAAAGCUCCUCAUUUUUAUACAGAAUGGGAACUUAUGAUUUUAAUAAAAUUCUCAAACUCAA